AACACAAGAAAGGCUCCAUUUUUUCUUUCUUUUAAUUGUUAAUUUUUCUUUAUAUGUUUUUAGUUUGAAGGUGUUAAAAGAUUGUAGUUAAGGCUUUUUAACAACUUUGUAUCUCUUUGAUUUUGGCUUGAAGUAGGUGGUGGGGUCCAUUUGCUUACUGAGCAAAAUGCACUAUUUUGUUUUGUUUUGUUUUCUUUUUUGAAUAAGUUUUUUGGCUACCCUUUUUCUCUUUUAUCAAUUCUUUCUGAGGAGCAACAAUUUAUGCUAAUUGGAAGUUACUGUGCAUGUGUUAUUUCUCUAUGUUUGUGGUCUCUCUUUUUUUCAACAAUUAAUUUAUGCUAAUUGGAAUUUAGUAUUUCUAUGUUUGUGAUUUCUUGUUUGACUAAUGACCUUUGCUAGUGGGAUGUACCAUUGAUUGCUCCCUGUUCAAUUUCUCCCUUUGAGCGGCUAUUAUUUGCUCUCUCACUUGUUGCUGUUGUGGGCAUGUGCUGGGAUCUGAUUUUGGUGGAUUUAUGGUGGAUUUAUGGUGGUUGGUGGUGGAUGCCCACCUUGUUGAAAAGGGGUGGACCCUAAUGAUGCAAAUUACUCUUAGCCCAGUUUAUUAUUGUAAUCAUCAACUUUUUUAUUUUUUACUGUUUCAUGUGUUUAUCCCAUGCCUGAUGUCUAUACAAUUUCUUCAUCAUGCCUUUUUUGUUUCAUCCAUAUGCCAGCUUGGUUACCAAUUUCUCCUCUAAAAUAAGUGGCUUUGAAGGGUUUUGAAUGAUGAAUUAUUGUGUUUACUGUAGUGGGCUUGUUCUCAUUUUCUUCUUUUUAGUUUUCAUUUGGUGAUUUUGUAAGUUGGUUAUGUUCCUCUUCAGUUUAGUUUGAACUAGUGCGACUUAAUUGCUAGUUAUUUACUGAUUUGCUUGCAUAUCAGCAUCCCUUGUGGAUUUGCCCAAAUUUGUAUUAUCUGACUACACAUAAUGUGUUGUCUGGCAUUUACAACUAGUAGCAAAACUCCAAAGAUAGUCCUAUUACUCCCACAAACUUGUGUCAAGGUGAAAAGUUUUCAUGAUCUCAUCAUUAUAGUGGCCUUGGUCCUCAUUUUAAUUAUAUAUUUGGAUCACAGAGGAUUUGGUCAACAUUUAGUAUAUAUGUGUUUUGUCCUAAUGUGUGGCAUUAAAAUCUGUCUCUUUAUGUGCUCAUCUGGAUGUCUGUUGUCUUCUUGUGUUUAGUAGAAACUUUAUAUAUUAUGUGGAAUCUUCUCUUCAAAUUAUACUCGCAUGGCGAAUUUGUGGCGUUUUCCUCUUUGAUAAAGAUUUCUGGACGUUCUUUAUCGUUUGUCUGACUAGUUGAUGUUAUCCACUGGAUUAGGUCCAGAGCAUGUGCUUACAGGAAUAGAGGCGCGAGGCUUUAUUUUUGGACCUCCUAUUGCACUUGCAAUUGGAGCAAAGUUCGUCCUGCUGCGAAAACCAAGGAAAUUGCCUGGUGAAGUUAUCUCAGAAGAGUAUGUUCUGGAAUAUGGAACAGACUGUCUUGAGAUGCAUGUUGGAGCAGUCAAAUCAGGAGAGCGUGCUUUGGUGGUUGAUGAUUUGAUUGCCACUGGUGGCACUCUGUGUGCUGCUAUGAAUUUACUGGAACGUGCUGGAGCCGAAGUGGUCGAGUGCGCUUGUGUAAUUGAAUUACCGGACCUAAAGAAAGCUGCCAGGAGGGCCUUUGACCGGUGGUCAACUCUCCAUGUCUUGGUAGAAGUCAGGCUUCCAGACCUUCCUGCCCUCCAGGUGGCGGUAUCUAUCCCACUGCUGGUUUGGCGUUUACAGCAGGGGCUAUUGAAGGGCGAACGCCUAACGAUGUUAUUUCAGACAUGGUCGGGAGCGACUGAAUGGCAAGCCUUUGUAUGUACUUGUGGAAUCCCACUAGUGAUGGCAGAAAUGAUUCUCCUGCUGCGGUUCAGCCUGACUAAAUGCUUGACAGAGUGCCAUGCUUCGCAUGCACCAUCGUAUUGGUCCAACUCUUCACCCUCAGUUCCCUCGUCAUUCUAAACAUGGAUGGAGCAACUUGAUUGAGGCAAAUGACAUUUUCAACCUUUGCAGGAACUUCCUCUUAUAUGCGCAUUUUAUUUAAAUAAAAGCAAUUUAAAUUA